AUGGAGAAACAUCCAGUCCAACCGCUUGUACAGCGUGUAAUUUUGGAUCGCGAGGUUGAUCCAUCGAGUUCGCUUUGGUCGCUCACCGAAUAUUGUGUGCGAUCGCGUGAUAUUACCUUGGAUGGAACUCAAACUGGAGAGGAUCAUAAAACUACAAUUGUAGACCUUACACCAGUAACAGGCAAGACCCACCAGCUUCGACUGCACAUGCAGCAUCUAGGACAUCCUAUUCUAGGCGACUCAUUGUACUCUCCAGAGCUGGUAUAUCACCGCGCCUCGCGUCUAUGUUUACAUGCUGCGGAGCUGUCAUUUACCCACCCAGUUACAAACGAGCGUAUGAGUUUCAAAAGCUUGUGCCCCGCUGACUUUUUCACCACCAAGGCAAACGAAAGUGCCAUGAAUGAACGACCUUCUGUGCCUGCAAAACCAAUACAAGGCUGA